AUGGAAUUUUUGAGGCCUACUAUGUUAAAUCGAACAACGGAAAGUAAUUUUGAACACAGUGAUGGGGACGGAAACGAGGAAGAAGAAGAGAACAAUGAAACUGAAGUUUCAAAUAACAUAGAAACGGAGCAUCAAGAUGAUACGUAUACGAAUACACCUAAACGUAAGAAACUUAUCAACAAAAAGCCAGCAGAUUUUGAAACCCGUUUGAUAAAUAUUUUCGAACAACGUAAGACAGAAGAAGACCCUGAAAAACAUUUUUUGCUGUCUCUUUUACCUCAAAUUAGAUUGUUAACAGAAGACCAAAAAACACAGCUUUACAUUGACAUUCUAAACAGCAUCCAAAGAUUAAAAGGUUCUUCAAAUGCAUCAUCAUUUAACCAAACACCAAUUGCUAAUGACUAUUCAACUCAGAGCCAUCAUAAUAUUUACAAUGUUCCCCCUCACUAUCCAUCACAAACCGAUUCCAUUCCAACUUUAAACCACCAUUAUAAAGUAAAUACACAAUCUCCAAUAUCAGUCGCCCAUGUUAAUAAAAUAAAUCCCUAUAGUUCAUCUGGCAUUCAUUCUACAUCCCAAAUUGUUUCAGUUCCAAUCGAAAAUUCUUAUUACAGUCCAAAUUCACAAUCGCCAUCUGUAUCCAGCACUCUUUCAAACAUAAACUAUCAAAAUACUUUCAACAUUCCAACAAAAUAUUCAUCUCCUUCUACUUCUAUCCCAACUAGCCACCAUUAUAAGCUUAAUACCCCAUCAGAGUCUCCAACACAAGCCACACAUGUUAACAAAAUAAAUCAUUAUAAUUCAUCUGCCCUUCAAGAAUUGUCUACAUCUCAAACUGCUUCUAUUCCCACUGAAAAUGUUUAUUACAAUUCUAAUUCUCAAUCCCCACAGUAA